GGAUAAUGCCCUGAUCACGGAUACGGUGACGAACAAAUUUGGAGCGGACUCCCUCGCCAGCGAAUUGAAAGACAUCCUCUUGCGUGCGAGGUUGUCCACGGCAGAGGAGCUGAGGGCACUUGCAGAGACCGCGUCCAUCCCAGACCUGGUCAUUGAGUUGUCCACGUGUUGGCGCGACCUCCAGAAUCCAGAGGCGCAUUGCCCUCCAGGCGUCAGGGCAGCGGUGAUGAAGGUGGUGAGGGAGAUCUGCCCCGUUUCGGCGCCUACGGCACCCGAGCGGCCAGGGGACGCUUCAGCCCCAGCGGGUGUCCAGAACCAGUUGCGCCUAUUGCAGGCGGCCUUGGCGCUCAGCAGCGGGUCCGCGAUGUCGGUCCUGGAGGAAGAUACAGACCUUGGCCAUCUGAUCGAAGCGGCAGGCCUCGGCGAGCCCGCGCUGCGCGCCUACCCCACGACCAAGCAGCUGAAGUUAUGCGACGCCGCUGCGAAGCUCGGCAAGCCCCUUCCGCAUGAGGGGCCCAUCGAGGGACUCGAACAGUCCAGGUCCUCGACAAAGGGCCAGGCCUUCGCAGAAUGGGUCGUGGCCUUCAUUCGCUACUCUUGGGCUGGCUUGCUGCACGGCCGCAUCGCAGUCGCGUCUGUGUUGAAUCACAUCGACAAAGUCGCGCGGCUGGCGGCGGACACUGCCAGCCCGGCUCCGCUGGCCGAGAGGAACGCCCUUGCCUACGACCAGCUGGUCAGGAGCGCCGCUUGGGCUGCAGCCAAGCGCAAAGCCGACCCAACGGCCUUCGCACCAGCUAUGUCGGGUGACAAAGAGGACCUGGUCACGCAGGCAGAGAAGCAAGCGAAGGAGGUCAAGCUCAACGCCCCGGGCGCGAGCACCAGGACCCAGCGGAAGCCAGACGCGGUCCACUUCUGCUUCAGGCACUUCUCGGGCAAGUGCGACAUGCACGAGCGCGGCAAGACGUGCGUCUUCCACCACGAAUGUCCGUUUUGUGCCAAGACACAGGAGGGCUGCUUAGCGAACCACAUCAAGCCGCUAGGCGGGCACCCCUGGUCGCGCGACAGCGGCGCGGAGGACCGGCUUGAAGGCGGGCGGGCAGAGCGCGGGCGCUCCCGCUCCCGCAGCCGCGGGCUCGUGCCGCCCAAGCGCGCGGCGGCGCCGGGGGCCGCUUUGCGCACAGGCGCGCACGAGGCAACGGUCGCCUGGGCGCAGUCGGCCUGCUUCGCCCUGCCCGAGCCAGGCACCCAGCAGGAGCCAUCGAUCAGGGACGCAGUGGCCAUGCGUUCCAGGCUCGGGGCUGGCCUGCCGGCGUUCCAGAAGCAGCAGUGGGCGAAGCUGCAGAGUUGGCGCCAGCAUUUCCUGCAGACAGGGAAGCAGCAGGCGUGGGUGGACUCCAUGCCGGAGAGUGUGCGGCACGUACGCAAGCACUUGCAAGGCCCCUUGCUCGAUGCCCUGCUCCGGGCAAGUCGCCAUGACGACGCGACGCUCUAG